AUGGCACAAAUGCUUCGCAUGCUCGACGAUUCGGAUCACAACAAGGAGGAUGCGGCACAACGAAUGGUCGCACUACAACAGGCCAUGGAAUCUGGCCGGAACACUCUUGUUGCCACAUCGACCAAGGUGAACUGGAGGAACCCACGAUAUGCAGGUCAAACUCUUUGGCAGGAGUACGAAGCUACAGCACCUGGCGAUAUGUCACAACUUCGUAGCUGGCUCUCACAAACUCCAGCCGACAACGUCAAACUGGGGGACCAGAUUCAAGUAAGGAAAGGCAUGGCGAUACCAGGAGAUGAGGACUUCACCAAGUAUUCAAGCGUCACACAUUACGUGCGUGCGUGCCCAUUGUUCAUGAAAAGGCCUUGGUACAGUGAUGUUGCGAUUUUGGGCAAAGAGAGGGUGACAUCAACGGACGGCACAUCGAGUAGCAAGGACGUGAUCUGGUAUGCGCGUCUUCUGAUGAUUUUUGUGGCUGAACCAGAGGAUCCUGAAGCAGAGUUGGCAGACCAACGCGAGAGAGCCUUCGUAAGGUACUACAAUGUGUCUGACGAGGUUCAUCCGUCGCACUGCCCCGUGCUACUGUGGGAAGAACCUGGGAAUGAGUACCAGGUGGUGGAGAUCGACAGCAUCUUAAGAGUGGCACACGUGGUUCCUGUUGGUGAUAACAAGUUUGUCCUUAAUAGUUUUAAGUUAUACUAA